AAAGAUAAAAGCGGAUAUACAUCGUCCCAAGUACGACGUGUUAGGGUUUCAAGGAUCGGGCCACUGACGUCUCAGCUGUGAGUCACCGAAUCCAGAGGCCUGUGACUUUAUCAAAGCCCACUCAAUCUCACGCCUCUCGACACUCGCGCAAGCGGCAGUUAAAAUACCACUUCAGUUGAAACUCGAGUCUGAAGCCGACCCGCCUUUUUUCCUUCUCUUUGAAAACCGGCGAAGUCGGAGCUCCGAAUUGUUGUCUGAUUCGUCGGAACGUCGUCGUCUUGGCAAAGCCCUAAACCCCUAACCGGAAAACCCUAAUUAAAUUGGUUCCCUCAGGAAAUGAUGAGGGGCGUGAAGCCCUUGCCUGAGGCAGCUCGUAGUUGGAUGCGCUCCGGAGUUAUCCUGUAUGACUUGACGAGCGUUGUGGAGGAGUUGGUCUUCAAUAGUUUGGAUGCUGGCGCAACAAAGGUAUCGGUUUUCGUAGGCGUUGGGACAUGCUAUGUGAAAGUAGUGGAUGAUGGAUUUGGGAUUACGCGUGAUGGAUUGGUGUUGGUCGGAGAAAGAUAUGCGACAUCAAAGUUUGAUCAUUCUCCUGGGACGGAUUCUGCAAGUGGGAGCUUUGGUUUUCGAGGAGAAGCAUUGGCUUCCAUUUCUGACGUGUCAUUGUUAGAAAUCUUAACAAAAGCUUCUGGGAGGCCAAAUGGGUAUCGCAAAGUCAUGAAGGGAUGCAAAUGUUUGUAUCUUGGAAUAGAUGAUGAUAGGAAGGAUGUGGGCACUACAGUUGUUGUUCGUGAUUUGUUUUACAAUCAACCAGUUAGGAGGAAGUACAUGCAAUCCAGCCCCAAGAAGGUAUUGCAUGCUGUCAUCAAAUGUGUGCAUCGGAUUGCCCUUGUGCACUCAAAGGUUUCUUUCAAACUCAUCGACAUUGAAAGUGAGGAUGAGCUUCUUCGUACAAUUUCUUCUCCCUCUCCCGUGGCACUAUUGAAAAGGACUGUUGGGAUUGAGGUCUCCCCUGCUCUUCAUGAAUUGAACAUAAGUGAUGGUGAAAUAGAGCUUUCUGGAUACAUAUCUAGUCCUUGCAAUAGUCUCGCCUUUAAGGCCUUCCAAUAUGUCUAUAUUAACUCGAGGUUCAUUUGCAAAGGGCCAAUUCAUAAAUUGCUUAAUCAAUUGGCCAGUAAUUCUGAAUGCUGGGAUCCGGGGAAGGACGUUGAUGUGUCCCAAAACAGGAAACGAAGUAGGCCUCAGUCACUCCCAGCUUAUUUUUUGAAUUUAAGCUGUCCCCGAUCAUUCUAUGAUUUAACCUUUGAGCCAUCAAAAACAUAUGUUGAAUUCAAGGAUUGGGUUCCUGUACUCACCUUUAUUGAUAAGGCCAUCCAGAACUUCUGGAAGGAAAAGAUAACUGAUGGAGAAUCUGGUUGUCAUGGAGCUGAUAUGGUUGGAGAAGAUCAAAUGUGGAAGAAAGAUUUACUUGAUGGAGAUUUGUCAGAACUCUCUAAAUUUGGUAAAAAGAGGAGCAGGUUACAAAAUUUUCAGGCUUCUCCUGACCUUAUGGAGAUGUUAAUUAAAGAGGACAACCAUACAUCUCAGAAGAGACAUGUCAGAACGUCAUAUGGAUACUUGCAUGAAAAUACCGAGGACUUUGACGACUUCCAGAAGCAACAUAUUGAGAUUGAAUCUGGUCAUCAUACCGACUAUUCUUUUCAAUCACGGGAUGAUCAUCUAGCCAAGGUCAUGCUCACAGCAACUCCGAAGAAGGAAAAGCAUCCUUCAAUGCCUGAUAUCAAUUUUUUCCCUGAGGAAGAUUAUAUCAUGGAGUAUAGGUCCGCAGCUGCAGAAGGAUCCAGUAAUGUGGAUGACAAUAUCUUUAGCUCAUCAUGGCAAGAUGAGCCCUUUAAAGUGGAUCCCAGUGUUGGCAAUGGUUCAACAGGUAGUGGAGUAUCUUGUGGCCUUAAUGAAUUUGGAACCGAUGUAGAGUUCACCCAGGAUUUAGUACAGCCGUUCCUCAGGAGUUGCUCCUCAAAAGGAAGGUUUCCAUCUGAGAGGGAUUUGUGUACUGAUGGUGGGUUAAAAUUUCAUUAUGAUGGCUUUAGAAACAAGAGAAGGCGCGGUGGCUUUUACAACAGUGUAGAAAGUCCAGAAAUUUAUGGCAGCAAGAGUUGUGAUUUCGUUUCAAGGACCUUGUGGCCAGAGGAGGAAUCAAGUGUUCAGCCGUUUCCCAGUGUUAUAACAAAAUUUGACCUGUAUACAGAGUUUGAUUCUCCGUCAAGAGAUUUUAUAAAGUCAAUUCCACGCUAUGGGGAGCAUUUUGGUGGAGAAAAUUCAUUCAUGAAUGCAGAGAACAUUGUUUCCUGCCAUAAGACUUUAAUUAAUGAUUUGUGCUCAGUGACCUCCAAUUCCUUAUCCCAAAGCACUUAUUUGGAUUUUGAACCUUUCUCUAAUAUAAAUGCAGUUGAAGGGCAUUAUAGAUCUGUUAAAAGGGAUACUAAUAAAUAUUUUGUGGACGGUGAAGAAAAGGACUGCACAUUUAGUUAUGAUAUAAUAUCAAAGAGCUCCAGUCGAGAACACUGCAAUACACAUACGGACCGUGAACUAGAGUUUAAUGAUUAUGCUGGUUCGAGAAAAUUCUUUCAACCACACAAUUUAGAUGGUGAGUUUUCUCCUGAAUGCCCAGAUAUAUUAGCUGAUGAGACAGAUUGGUCACGUCAGUAUUCGCACUGCAACGAUAACAUGGGUUUUGACAUGUAUAAAAGACAAAAAGAUCAGUUUGAAGAUCAAGAUUGUUUAAAGAAUCAUGUUUCAAUAGGAAGAUCAAAAAGAAGCCAUUCGGCACCACCAUUUAACAGAUGCAAGAGGAGGUACUUUACUUUAAGUCACCCUUUGACAACAACAGCAGGAAAACUUGAUGCACAAAACUUCCAUAAUGCGGCUACUUAUCCAGAAGCUAGCAAGAUGAAGGAUGUCCAUCAACCUCCUGAUGGUUGCCAUCUAAAUUUGAAGCUGAGUGCUGUCGAGGAUAUAUCGGCAGAUGACAGAUAUCAAGAAUCUCAAGAUUUUAAGGCUGGUGUAAACAAACACGAAGUUGAAAUGUUUGAACAGUCUAAAUGUUCAGGGAUUCAAGCCACUGCUCCAAUUAAAGAAUUUAUCUCCACGGAUCAAGAUUCCCUCAAUUGUGGAACCAAAUGGCGGAAUUGCUGUCCCCAGAUCAUGAAUGCAAGUAAAAUGCAAGGUCUUCAUGAUCAAAAUAGCAUACUUGAUAUAUCAUCUGGGUUCUUGCAUCUCGCUGCUGACUCAUUAGUCCCUGAAUCCAUCACCAAGAACUGCCUCAGUGAUUGCAGAGUUCUUCAGCAGGUGGAUAAGAAAUAUAUUGCAGUUAUGGCUGGCAGAACAUUUGCUAUUAUUGACCAGCAUGCUGCAGAUGAAAGGAUUCGGUUGGAGGAGCUGCGUCAGAAGGUGUUAUCUGGAGAAGCAAAGACGAUUACUUUUCUGGAUGUUGAGCAAGAGUUGGUGCUGCCAGAGAUUGGUUAUCAGUUACUUCAUAACUAUGCUAAACCAGUGGAAGAGUGGGGUUGGCUCUGCAACAUACAAGCUGAAGGUUCAGGGUCCUUCAAGAGGAAUUUGAAUCUCCUGCACAGGCAGCCAACAGCCAUCACGCUAAUUGCGGUACCCUGCAUCUUAGGUGUCAAUUUAUCUGACUCAGAUCUUAUGGAGUUUCUUCAGCAGCUUGCUGAUACAGAUGGAUCAUCAACAAUGCCACCAUCUGUUCUUCGAAUCCUUAAUUCUAAAGCAUGCAGAGGUGCAAUUAUGUUUGGGGAUUCCUUGCUACAUUCAGAGUGUUCCCUCAUCGUUGAAGAACUAAAGCAGACUUCUCUAUGUUUCCAAUGUGCUCAUGGUCGACCAACUGCUGCCCCGCUUGUCAACUUGGAGGCGUUGCAUAAGCACAUAGCUAAAAUGGCAUCAUUGAGUGAUGGUGAAGAUCAGUUGUGGCAUGGGUUACGUCGACAUGAACUUAGUCUCGAACGUGCUGAAAAACGUUUAAGCUUGAGUAAAAGCUAAGCUUUACAUUCAUUCUCAUUCUUUGUACGUAGUGUAUAACAUUCUUCAUACUGAUCAAAUAAAUAUGCCAUCCCAAACCCAACCCCACCCCCCCUUUAAGAACGAGCAUUUUCAUU